ACAAGUAUAUGAAGGGUUGUGUGAAAAUUAUUUCUCUCCUGCGGAAUCACAAAGACCUAGAAUCAGAGUGCAGCUUUUGGCCACCCUGGCUUUUCUCUCUUUCUCUCCUCUCUCCUCUCUCUCCUGUUUCUGGCGGAUAUUAUGGCCAAUAACACCACAAGUUUAGGAAGUCCAUGGCCAGAAAACUUUUGGGAGGAGCUCAUCAUCUCCUUCACAGUGUCCAUGGCCAUCGGGCUGGUCCUCGGAGGACUGAUUUGGGCCCUGUGGGUCUGUCUGUCCCGAAGAAGAGCUAGUGCCCGCAUCUCCCACUGGAGUUCAAGCCGGCGAUCCAGGUCGUCUUACUCCCACGGCCUCGCCAGGCCUGGGUUCUACCGCCACAGCGGCUAUGAGCGCCGCAGCAACCUCAGCCUGGCCAGCCUCACCUUCCAGCGGCAGGCCUCCCUGGAGCUGGGCAACUCCUUCCCGAGGAAAUCCAGCUUCAGGGCGUCCACGUUCCACCCGUUUCUGCAGAGCCCACCCCUCCCCGUGGACACGGACAGCCAGGUGAUGACUCUCCCCGCAUCCCCCACCUCCCCGGCCCUCCUCACCGCGCAGAGCCUGAGGCGCCCCGACUUCCACUGGUCCAGCAGCAGCCUCCCCGUGGGCCUGGCCCCGCCGCCCCCGCCCACCUACGAGUCCAUCAUCAAGGCGUUCCCAGAUUUCUGAGGAGGUGUUCUGGUGAACUUGGUUCUUUCCUUCCUGGUCCUUUCUUGAAGGGAAAGCAUAGAUGGACUAUAAACAGGAUUUGGAGGACAAUGGCUCAAACGACCAAGGAGUUCCCAAACUGGAAAGCUGAACACCACGAUGUGCAUUUUCUUUGAUCCCCUUUUUCCUUGUCUCACAAAUAAGUACUGUUCUCACAAAUCGUUAUAUAUUUGCGUAUUUUGUACUCCACGUGAGGGUUUUUAAAGGUGGUGAUUCUAAUCUAAGAACUAUCAGUAAUGCAGUAUAUGUAUUUUAGACUAAAAUAAAAAAAAAGAUAGGUAUGGUUUACAAUCCCCAUUCGCUGUCUGAG